AGUCAAAUUUAGACAAAAGGAUAUAAAAUGGAUGGACAAUGGCAAAACAAAAUGCAUUUAUUGACACAUAUCUAAUAAGGGAAUAAACAAGAAAUAAAAUGGAGCUUUAUAUUGUAGGUCUUCUACUGCUUACCUUUGGCUGUUUAGCUACAGUGCAGCAAAACCAGUGGGGACAGGCAUUCUGGCAACAAGUGGCGCAUUCCUCUGGACAACCUGCCUGGCCUGCGAAUAACCCAGCCAGACUUCAACCAAGACCUGUGCAAAGGCCUGCCAUGGUCCAGAUGCCAACAAAAGUUCAAGACCAAGUUGUCCAGUCAAAACAAACCUUCCCUGAACAUUUGACCUGGAGGUUUCCUGAAAAUCCAGUCAAAGAGGAGCUGCCAGCUAUUACUGAACAUAGACCGCCUCCGGUAGCCGCCAAUAGUGUGGCAGUUCAAUGUGGAGAGAGUGCAGCUCGUGUGGAAGUCAAGCAAGAUCUCUUUGGCAUUGGACAACUUAUUGACCCAGCAGAUCUCACCCUAGGAAGCUGUGCGGUCACUGGAGAGGAUGCUUCUGUUCAAGUGCUGUUCUUUGACACUGAGCUGCAUGGAUGUGGUAGCACAAUGAUGAUGACUGAAGAAAUUCUCACCUAUGUCUUCACACUCCAUUACACUCCAAAGCCCCUUGGCAGCAGCCACAUUGUUCGGACGAGAGAAGUAAUGGUUGCGGUUGAGUGUCACUAUCAAAGAAAGCAAGAUGUAAGUAGCAAUGGUGUGAAACCCACAUGGAAUCCAUUUGCCUCCACUAAAGUUGCGGAAGAGCUUCUUUACUUCUCACUGAAGCUUAUGACUGAUAACUGGCAGUCUGAGAGAUCCAACAGCGACUACGUCCUUGGAGAUGACAUGAAGUUUGAAGCCUCUGUCCUCCAGUUCUACCAUGUGCCCCUCAGAGUCUUUGUGGACAGCUGCAUGGCCACAGUCAUCCCAAACACAAACACGGUCCCGAGAUAUGCCUUCAUUGAGAACCGUGGUUGUCUAGUUGAUGCCAAGUUGACCGGAUCUACAUCCCAGUUCAUGCCCCGCACCCUAGACAACAAGCUCCAGUUUCAGGUAGAAGCCUUCAAGUUUCAGCAAGUGAAAACCGGCUCGCUUUACAUUACCUGUCUCCUGAAAGCCACAACAGUGUCAGCACCAAUUGAUGAUGAGAAUAAAGCCUGUUCCUUCUCAAAUGGAUGGCAUGAGGCGAGUAGGAAAGCAAAUGUGUGUGGAUGUUGUGAAACCGACUGUGGCAUGAGAAAUCAGCAGAAUCCAUUAUCCGGGCCAGGUUUCCAGUGGGAGCAAGAAACUACCAUUGGGCCUCUCAACAUCAAGGAAAAGCUAACAUACUGAUCAUUUUUCCAUUCCACACUUUCUGAAAAUAAAUCAGGAUUAAUUUUU